AUGGAUUGGUACAAAGAUAUGGGGUGGUACAACGAUAGAGAACAUGAUUAUGACGACGGAAUUGAUGACAGAGUAGGCAAGACUUUACUGUCUGCCAAACGCACAAAUGCAAACGAAAGUUACCGGUUGAUAGGGAAGAUUGCAAGCUUUUCUCCCCCAAUGAUUUUGUCAGUUAGAAGUGAAGGAUGGUUGAAAUUUCCAUACAGAGCAACCAUUAUGAUGAUUGCGCAUGAGAAGAUGUGGAACCUUAAAGGCAUUGAUUCCCCUCCUCCAGCCCAUGCAUUCACUAUUAGCAUCUAA